CGGAGGCCGGAUUCGAUACGCUUCCCCAACCGCAAACGCGCCUCCGCCUGCUGGAAAAGAGGGAAGCGGGGGGCGCUAUCUAGCUGCUUCCCUGCCAAAACCACUCCCCACGCCCCAGAUUCCCCGAAGACGCCGAAGAGAAGCAGGGCGGAGAGCACCGACAACCACCGCCGCUGCCUCAGCCUCGGGCGGAGCCGACGGUGUAACGGCCUCCGCAGCGGCGCGCAGCUUUUGAAUGGGCCGGAAGAGGAAGUACAGCGACUUCCGGCAGUUGGGCUGUGAAGAGAAAGGAGCGUCGGGAAUGGCAACCAAGAAGCUUGCACGGCAGCUUGGAUUAAUUAGAAGAAAGUCAAUUGCACCGCCAAAUGGAAAUCUAGGAAGAAGCAAAUCUAAGCAGUUGUUUGACUACUUAAUUGUCAUUGAUUUUGAGUCGACUUGUUGGAAUGAUGGGAAACGCCACCAUAGCCAGGAAAUAAUUGAAUUUCCAGCUGUAUUGCUAAACACAUCAACUGGAGAGAUUGAAUCUGAGUUCCAUGCUUAUGUUCAGCCUCAGGAACAUCCAAUUCUUUCUGAAUUUUGCAUGGAACUAACAGGCAUAAAGCAGGUUCAAGUUGAUGAAGGAGUCCCUCUGAAGAUUUGCUUAUCUCAGUUCUGUAAAUGGAUUCAGAAGAUUCAGCAACAGAAGAAAAUUACUUUUGCUACUAGGGUUUCAGAUAUUUCUACUUCUGAAGUAAAAUUAUGUGCAUUUGUUACUUGGUCAGACUGGGACUUGGGAGUUUGCCUGGAGUAUGAGUGUAAAAGAAAACAGUUGUUGAAACCUGUGUUCCUUAAUUCUUGGAUUGAUCUCAGAGUAACUUACAAGAUUUUCUACAGGAGAAAACCAAAAGGACUAAGUGGUGCCCUGCAGGAAGUGGGAAUAGAAUUCUUGGGACGAGAACAUUUCGGGUUGGAUGAUUCUAGGAAUACUGCCCUUCUUGCUUGGAAAAUGAUCAGGGAUGGUUGCUUAAUGAAAAUUACAAGGUCCUUGAACAAGGUUCCCACUAAGAGGAAUCCUAACAUUUUCACCAGAAAUUUGAAUACGGAUCAAGUUGAAGAAAUAUCAGCCUGCAACAGUAGCAUUCAUGAUCCCAGCAUAUAUGGUAGGGAACCUAAAAAUACAAUAAAAUCCUACGAGAAAGUGCAAAUGAAAUCAGUUGAUGUGAAUUUCCCUAUAAAGGUACAGCAAGAUCAUUUACAACUAAAGGGCAAUGUAAAAGCAGGCUGUCAGAAUGUCAAAAGCUGUUUAUCUCUUUUUAAUACUAAGUCCUGGACCUCUCUGGGGCAGUUACAGUCUUCCAGUUUGAAUACACCUAUGCAGAAGCAAAUAAACCAACAUCUUACAUUUAAUACCAAUUCUGAGUCUUCAACAGUUGGUUCAGAAUUGAUACUUGUUUCAACUACCAUUUCAUCUGUUAAUAAUGUUUCUGAUACGGAAAUGAGUUCUGCUCUUGACAGUUUACCUAUGUUGGCUGAUUGGGAGGAUGUAGCUUUACUGCCAUCAUCUCAACCUGAGCAGAAUAUAUAUUGUAUGCCUCCUGUUAGUGACUCAAACUUAGACACUUCAUUUAAUUCUGGAGAAAGAUUAAUGGUUUUAGAAAAAUCUGAAAUGUUAAGUCAAGAAAACUUUGGAGGCACAGAAGAAACUCCUCAAAAAUCUGAUACCUCUAAGUCUAUUGUAUAUAAGAGUCCACAUACUACUAUUUAUAAUAUAAAAGAAACCAAAGAUCCAGGUUCAGAUGCUUUUGACUUUAAGUUACCUGAAUGUAAAUCAAGUAGCUUCAACAGUGUUAAUGCCAAUAUGUCUCAUCCUUUAGUUUUGGGGAAACUUCCUCUUCAUUUAGGUGGUGCUAAGAGGAAUCCAUCCAGUCCCCUACCUUUUCCACCAGCAAAAAAACAGACCUUCACUAUUCAUGAAGAAAAGCCUACAUCAUCUAAUGGCUCCCCAGGGGGAAGUUCUUCCAGGAAGGUUCUCCCUUCUAUCUUAACUUCUACAGUUAAUGUACAAGAUCCUUGGAAGGGUGGGAAAAUAACACCUCCUUUAUGCAAAUGUGGCCGAAGAUCUAAGAGACUUGUUGCUUCUAAUAAUGGACCGAACCAUGGAAAAGUCUUCUAUUGUUGUCCUAUUGGGAAGUACCAAGAAAAGAGAAAAUGUUGUGGUUAUUUCAAAUGGGAACAAACACUUCAAAAGGAGACAGCCAACAGCAUAGUUCUGUCUCAUUCCCCAGGGGGACACACUUUUAACUCUCCAGAAACAAGCCAUAUUUGUGACAGAAAUGUAGAUUUUUCUACUAAAAAUUCAUUGAGACUCAGACCUUCAAUGAGGAAUUGACUUCUUUUACAUGUAAACUAUGUUUUUACCUCAAUGUGACUUUUACUACAGUAAAGAGAAAAAAAUUUGUAUAGGGCUACAAGUUGUGAGGACAUAGUGUAUCUGAGCUCCGUAAGCUACACUGGGGCUAUUCAACACAUUCUCACACAUACACACACUGAAAAUAGAAAAAAGAAUUUCACAGGCUUCUAAUUUCAUUCACCAUUUAUCUAAUCUGUCUUCUGUUCAUGUAUGAAUCCUGAUUGCCCCUUGAAUUCCCACACAUUAUGAGUAUUCUGAUAGUGUCUUAUACUAUUUUAUUUAUAUUUCACACAUUAACCCAUGCCAAAUUUAUCGUACUUUUUUGAAGAGCCACAAAUGAAAUACUUGGUAAACUGUAUUUAUUAGAUUAAAUGUAAUAAGCAGCAAUACUAGUAUAUGAUAUCCUUGUUUCUUUUUAUUGAAUUAUAAUUGCCAUGCAAUAUUAUAUUGGUUUCAGGUGUACAACAUAUGAUACCCUUCUUUUGCAGUUAGACCUUGAAACAAAUUUUAAACUAUUUUUAAUUGUUUGAAUAAAAAUGUGACCAAUAAAAAUCACUAGACUGUUUUCAGGUAGAUGCUUUUGUACUUUGAGAAUUAUGAUAAUCUAAUAUUUUAAGUUUUUCUAAAAACUUUUAUAACUUAUUUAGUUUUAUUUCAACCCUUGAAAAUUGGUUCUGAUUUGUAUGUCAACAUAUCAGAAGAAUUAUUCAACUAAGAUUUGAAAUCCAACAGGUCAGAGAUUUGGUUCAGAAACGCUUCUAUACUAU